AUGACAACCAUGACGAUUCCAUUCAUCCGAGAGACUUUGAGCUCAGAGGAAAGAAGCGUUGAGCCAGUGACAACGUUAAGUGACAGAGCACGAAUCUGGAUGCUAGAUCUUCGACACCAUGUCCGAAACGACUUGACACCGAUCUGCAAGCGUCUAGAAUCGAGAAUUUGCAGCAAAGACAGAAGGCAGCGCUUUCGUCGCCUGCAGCAUAGGCUCUUUGGUCUCAGUGAGGUCGAACUAUCGAGCCUCGAGAUCUACUUCACCUGCUGGGACACAAUGCGUGAGGCGGUGCAGCGAGAUGAGUGGCUGACAAGAAAGCUUUCGAUGCUAAAAGACAAGAUGCAGAACUCGCCAGACAAAGAUCCUGCCAUGACCUCCCUUCAAGCCGAACUCGAUACCGUCACUCAGGGUAUUCUGCAGAACGGAAUGAUUUGUGAGUCGACAACCAAGUUGCUGCGAGGCGUGACACCUAACUUCUGCGACACACCCAUCUACCGCGCUUUCCGCCAAACUGUGCUCUCGGACAACUGGCUAGACUCCGUCCAACUUCGAAAAUUAUGUGCCGAUGCAGGAGGCUGCUGCGGACGGGACUGCGGGUGUUGCUUCAAAUCCCGCGAUUCUCGGUAUGCAGGACCUCUUGUUGGAGGGUUCCAUGGCCAUUGCACCUCCGCCUGUGCCUGUUGUUUGGAACACGCUGGCGUGGAGAAGCCAGCCAAUAAGCUGGAAUGUCUGCGCGAGCUUGACUUCAACCUCAAACCUGCAAAGACGGAUAUAUCCGGCCAGCGGUUCAUCAAUGGGCUCAUCUGGGGUAUUGGUGAUGCUAAAUGA